AUGGCGGAUGAUGCGGGUGCAGCGGUAGGGCCCCAGGACUCGGGGGGCCCAGGAUUAGGAGGCUGUGGCCCCUUCGGUGGAGGAUUCAGCAGCCGUCUUAGAGGCCGCGGUCAUGGUCGAGGCUGGGGUCAAGGCCGAGUCCCUGGGACUCGCGGAGCUUCCCUAAAGAAUGAGGUUCUGAAGAUCACGCCAGUGCAGAAGCAGACUAGGGCAGACCAGCAGACCAGGUUCAAGGCUUUCAUCACUAUUGAGGACUACAAUGGUCUUGUUGGUCUCCAUGUUAAGUACUACAAAAAGAUAGCUGCUGCCAUCCAAGGGGCCAUCAUCUUGGACAAGCUUUCCAUUGUCCCUGUACAGACAGGCUACUGGGGGAACAAGAUUGGCAAGCCCCACACUGUUCCUUGCAAAGUGACAGGCCGCUGUGGCUCUGUGCUGGUGCGUCUCAUCCCUGCCCCCAGAGGCACUGGCAUAGUCUCCGCUCCUGUGCCCAAGAAGCUACUGAUGAUGGCUGGCAUUGAUGACUGCUACACAUCAGCCAGGGACUGCACUGACACCCUGGGCAACUUUUCCAAGGCCACCUUUGAUGCCAUCUCUAAGACCUCUAAGACCUGA